AAAAGGAAGUGAAACUGGGCUCCUACUGCAAGGCUGAGCACAGAUGAUUUUGUUAUACAGCAUUUUACUAAUUAAAAGAAUUAUUCUCACUACUGGGAGUAUGCAUGGAUAAAACGGGGCAUUGUGGACAUUUCUUCGGAUGGCAAAAGGUACUGGCACCUUGCAUACCUUGGAGCAGAGAGAAUACUCAGUUAAAGGAGAUGGAAAAGAUGACUGCUCUCCACUUGUCAUCAGCCACUGCUUUAACACUUUCAGAGAGAGACUGAACUGAAGUGAAAGGGAUCAUCUGAUAUACAGGCACGACGGUGACACACGGAGAAAACAUCCAGAGCUCUAAGCCACACUGUAUAAAGCAGAGGAAAUGGCUUUCUUGGACAAUCCAGCCAUUAUUCUGGCCCACAUCAGACAGUCUCAUGUGACCAGUGAUGAUACAGGAAUGUGUGAGAUGGUACUAAUAGACCAGGAUGUGGAUCUAGAGAAGUGCCAGCUGGCUCUCGUGCCCGGCAGCAGCUGUGGGUCAACAGGGUCAGGCUCCCUGAGCGAGGAGGUCAGCAGUGUGACGGACAAUCAUGCCUGUGACCUCUCCCAGUCCAUGGACAUCACCUCCAGCUGGGACUUUGGUAUCCGUCGGCGUUCAAACACAGCACAAAGACUGGAAAGACUAAGAAAAGAACGACAAAACCAAAUCAAAUGUAAAAACAUUCAGUGGAAAGAGAGGACAUCCUCCCAGUCAGUGGAGGAUCUGGGGUCUCUGUUUGAAAAACGGGACUUUAAAGACAGGCCACGGACAACAGGUACCAAAUCCACCCUUUCACUGCGGCUUGAGCAGUGUCCCCAGCAGCUCAACAACCCCUUCAAUGAAUACUCAAAAUUUGAUGGCAAGGGCCACAUUGGCACAACAGCUACAAAAAAGAUCGACGUCUACCUCUCAAUGCAGAUGACUCAGGAGAAAGUACAUCCAAUGACAGUGGUGACCAUCGCCAAUGCCCGCGUCCACGACCUCAUCGGUCUCAUCUGUUGGCAGUACACAAGCGAGGGACGAGAACCUAAACUAAAUGAGAAUGUGAACGCCUACUGCCUCCACAUUGCGGAGGAUGAUGGCGAGGUGGACACUGACUUCCCUCCACUCGACUCCAAUGAGCCAAUCCACAAGUUUGGUUUCAGCACUCUGGCCUUGGUAGAGAAAUACUCCUCACCUGGCCUUGCUUCCAGACAGUCGCUGUUUGUCAGAAUAAAUGCUGCUCAUGGUUUCUCUCUGAUCCCUGUGGACAGUCUGAAGGUAACCAUGAAGGAAAUUCUUCAGAAAGCACUCAAGAAGAGGAAAGGCUCACAGAAAGGCUCAGGGCCAAUGUAUCGUCUGGAGAAGCAGACAGAACCAAACGUCGCAGUAGACCUGGACUCAACACUGGAGAGCCAGAGCACCCUGGAGUUUUGCCUGGUCAGAGAAAACAGCUCCAGGGGCGAGGAGAGUUCAGAGGAAGACCCUCCUAUUGACAUCACCACAGUCCAAGACAUGUUGAGCAGUCACCACUAUAAGUCCUUCAAGAUCAGUAUGAUACACAAGUUGCGCUUCACCACAGAUGUCCAGCUAGGCAUUUCAGGAGAGAAGGUGGAGAUCGAUCCUGUCACCAAUCAGAAGGCCAGUACUAAGUUUUGGAUUCGGCAGAAACCCAUCUCUAUUGACUCAGACCACCUCUGUGCCUGUGACCUUGUAGAAGAGAGAAGCCCCAGUCAUGCAAUAUUUAAGAUCACUUAUCUCAGCAACCAUGAUUACAAGCCUCUCUACUUUGAGUCCGAUGCCUCUACAGUCAAUGAAAUAGUGUUAAAGGUGAACUAUAUCCUGGAGUCUCGGGCCAGCACCUCUCGGGCUGAUUAUUUUGCCCAGAAGCAGCGGAAACUGAGCCGCCGGACAAGCUUCAGUUUCCAGAAGGAGAAGAAGACUGGCCAGUAGACAGACUGAAGCUGCUAAGCUACCUGUCUGUCUGAAGCAGACUGAAGCUGCUAAGCUACCUGUCUGUCUGUAUAUGUGCAGACAGAGAGUUAAACAUGGUCUGAAAGUCUCAUAAAUUGCCAGCAUCAGGCUAAACAGAAAUGGAGACUGACAGGACAGUCACGUUAGAAGAGAGGAGAGCAGGAAAUCGAUUUGCAGAAAAAAAAAAAGGCAGACAUGUCUCUGCUUCAGCUGAGCAGGUUAGAAGCCUCUGAAUCUCCAAGAACGCAGAGUACACAAGCAAAAACAAAUGCAUUAUUAUUUUUCUAAGAAAGAAAUAAGCCUUGUGGUACAGAGUUUUGGCUGUCAUAUUGCCGUCAGUUUUUUGUUUAUUUACUGCCUCUGAAUUUAAGCUCCGUCCUCCAGGAUGGAUUUGUACAGCUUCAAUACAUUGUUUUGUACACCCAACAAACAAAUUAAUGCACAUGCUACACCUUUGUUUCUGUACUCCAUCUUUAACAGAUUUAACAUAACAUAAAAAGAAAAUCUUCACAUUUUUAUUGUGCUGUACAUAGGCGAUUAUAUUCAGGAAAUGAAAUAAUAAUGAUGAAAUAGCCCAGUCUGGAUUUUUGAAAAACAGAUCAGUACCCUUCUCCCUUGAAUCCAGAUUGCAAAUCCUUGACAUUAUCCAGAGUCAUUUGCCAGUUCAUUAGGUGCUCCUAGCUAAAGCUAAUGUAGUCUAAUACAGCACCUAAUACCUUCAUGAAGGUUAGAAUGUUCAUGUAGAAAUAUUUUUAGAGAGUGGUUAAUUCAACUGUAGGAUGUGAUGUUGUUCAACUGUGUUGCAUUGUACAGAGAGGUAUUAAAAAAUGUGGUGGUCACUAUAAUAGAAACACUUGUUGGUGUAAUAUUGUACAGUUCAACAGCACCACCAAACUGCAUCCUCCAAAAUGAUCGAUGAAGUCUCUAAAUCAUUUUCAACAAAAAUAUUUAUUGCAUGACUGUUGUAUCAGACUGCAUUAGUUUUAGUUAGGUACCUAAUAAACUGCCGACUUUUGAUUUUGAGUGGAUUGGUGUGAUCACGACACAUUUUUAUGAUUUAAAAAAAAUGAAUGCCUAUGUUAAAGCUUUAAAGACAGAGCAACAGUAAGUAAAAUAGUAAAUAUGUCUUAGUGAAUAAAUUAUCACCCAGCACACACGGAGAUCACUUAUAAAAUGUUUGAAUGCCUUGAUAAUUGCUGUCUUUUAUUCUUUGUCCCUGCUCAUAGCCAUACUCUUUUUCAUUCAAUAGUGAACCUGAUAGUGAUGGUAGAAGACAUGGCUGCAUCAUUUGUGUCAUCACUCACUGAUUUGAGGCCCUGAUUUUGGGUUCACACUUGGGUUCCACCAUUUUGAAGCUAGAAAUUCCACUUUGGGCAUUGUGGUGGAACUGAGGUUGAUAAACCAAGCAGCAAGCACCAUGGCUGAGUAUGAUAGGCAGAGACACCUGUCUGUCAGUCGGUUAAAGUCUUAAAGAUACCCUGUGACGUUCUUGACACAUAGUAGCCAGCAGGUGAAGGCCAAAACAUAAACAUAAUCUGCUGUAGAAGUGACUGAGCAAAGAUUAAUUUAACUUGAACAACUGCUCUUUGGUGAUGUUUCACACAGUAUUUCCAUUUUUCUGUACACACAUUAGCUUGACAAACAAAUAGAGUGGCAUAUUUCCAGGGAAGUGUAAUGCCUUCUUCCAAAAAAUUCAGAUAUGCUUUCUUUCAGUUAUGCCUUUCACAUCUCAUAAUAAUGACUUAGUAUCUCACAACAGUGGAAAAAAAGUAUCUAAUUUUUAGGAAAUCUUAGAGACAUAUUUUGGUAACAUUGUCAUGUGAUGUGAAAGGGCCGGUAAGUUCCUAGGUCCUGGAAGCUAACAGAAUUUUAAUUGUAAUAUGUUAAGAAGGGUUCUGCUUAAGGACUACAGUAUGUAAUUUGGUUUUACAUUGUAGUAAUUUACAUUGCUACAAUUGCCACUUGCUCAAAUUAAUUAGAUUAUAUUAGAUAAUUAGAUAUUAGAUAUUAACUAGGAUUAAUACCAAUUAUGUGCUUUUGUAACCUACAGAGUCUUAGGUUGGGACCUGAAUAGCUAGGUAACCUAGAUGGUAAGGUCAGGUGAACAUGAAAAAAUGUGAAAUUUGAGCAUGGAGUUUAUCAUUUCAUUACAAAAAUUUAAAAAAAAAGUGUCAAUUCAGGGCCCACUUACUAGCUUUUUCCCAGUGUGGAGUUUUGGUCAUGUUGCGACAGUUGCAUAUGUAUACAUGCAUGUGUAAGUAAUUUGAAUUUUUUUCCUAAUAUAACAUUAGUUUUUCUGUUUAGUUGCAAAUUACAGGCAAACAUACAAGUCAACAAAUAUGGAGAAUAACAUUUCUAAUAAGUAUUUCUGUAGAUUAAAGUGAAUCAUUCUGUUUUUACAAACACAGAUUUUAUCAAGGAAGUUUUUCUGGAAAUCAGACAUCAACAAUAUUUAACAACUAUAUCAUUUCGUAAAAGAUGAAAAAGUACUAAAAACAGUCUCAGAACAUUGUAGUUGUUGAACCUAUAAUUAGUAGUAAAUCACAUGGUUCUGUCCAGGAACCAUCUUAAAUAAUUAUUAUAAUGACAAGCAUGUUUUUGGGCUGUGCUGCGGGCUAAAGGCUUCAGUAUGUUUCAGGCGAAGUAGUUUGCACAGCAUGCUGUCUGACCACAACCUAAGGAAAAAGUGUCUCUAACUAUUUUGAAUUUCCCCACUGGAUGGCCAGGUGAAAUCUGGCGGCCGUAGCCUCCUCUUGGCUCUAUCCCACUGCCUUACCUUAUCCUUCAAUAACAACUGUGUAGCUGAAUCCAAAUAUGCACCCUCUAGGCUUGCAGACUGAGCUCUCACAGACUUUUAUCGUAUAUACCGUGAGGUCUUCACCAUGAUCACAUUAAAUCUGCGAGGGUACAGGGCCAAGAGGGGAUAAAGUGCGCUACAAAUUGGGACCUCAAGCGAGUUCUUAACGGUAUUGAUAAGGUCAAUUUUUACAUUACAUUAUAGCCAUAACAGAUAGGGCCAGUACACAGUAGAAUUUUCCUUUUCCAUGGGCUCCAUAUUGCUAAAAUUAUAUCCACAUCCUCACUGUAGAAAGACAAAAAAAAAAACCUUUGUUCAUUUUUAAAUAUUAUAACAAACAAAUACAAAUUAUUCAGCCUGUCCAUAUUCUGUAUGUACAUUAUCAACUCUCACUACAUCAAAUUUGUAACCAACAACAAAAAUUUAAAAAUCAAAUAUCUAAAAAAAUAAAUAUGGUACAUAUUAUUAACAUUAUGAAAAAAAAUAUUACUUACACCGUCACAUCCACAUUGCUGUGGAUUAUUGUAAUCUGGAUUUGUGCAAACCCAUUAAGUAUUUUAGUCUUUGAGUGCAGUGAAGUCUGCACAUUUGAAGUUAGCGUGUAUCUUUUGUCGUAGUCGUCUUGACAUACUGUUGGAAGCACACUGAGGCCUUAAGGAAUAUGCUAUAUACGGGAACUGUCAUUUCGGGUUCAGAUACAGCCUGUAAGACCUCCAGUACAGUAUGUCAUGCUGUUUUGCCUGCUUUCCACUGUCAAAUAUCAAAUAAAGAAGACAUGCCUUCAUCUUAGAAAACAUGUUUAAUACUGGUGUGGAGAUGGUUCAUAAAAUUAAAAUAUUGCAUUGAGUUGUCUCCCCAACAAGUUCUUUCAUUAAUAGUUUUUGACAUGUACAUGAUAUCCAUGGUGAAGGGUUUUAAAACAAAAGUUUGGCUUCAAUUUUAUUGUCUAUGUUUUAGACAUACAGUAGGUUUAUAAAACUCAAGUAAAAUUGUCAGUGAAAUUGCAACCUAGAUCCUUUUCAUGUGCUUUUUAGGAAUAAUUCGCAAUAUAUUGAUUUUGUGUUUUUAUAUUAAGCCUAGUUUUAUUUACUCUCUCUCAUUGCUGUCUGUCUUGUUCAGGAGUAUUAUAUAUUCUUCUAUAAUAUUCUAUGCAUAAAAUUGUUAUAUUUUUGUCGUUUCCAACAAUGACAGUUUUGAACAGUUACACUGCCAUCUGGUGGUCAAUACCAUUAUGCACCCAUCGUGGGUUUGUCAGUCACACAGUAAUGCAUCUCAUGACACAGAAAAAUAUUAUGUAUAAAUUCUCUGCUCAAUAACACACAGAAUAUCUGUCUUAACAGCUCUUGAUCGAAAAUGAGCAAAAUGACCUGAAAGCCUUGGCCUUUUUAACACUUGGUUAUCAAGUAUCACACUCCAGCAAAAAUAUUCAGUUAUUUUAAGGCAAUUUUUAUCUGUUGAUAUAUGUGUCACAGGCAGCAAUAAUAAUGGUAUAUUGGUCAAGUUAGCGCUGACUUCUAGUCAUCACUACAAACCAUGAAUAAAACAAAACAAAAGUCAUUUCCUGCUUUUUUUUCCAUUUUCCUAUAUAACAGCCUUUUAGCAGAGCCUCAGCUGGUCUCAGUUAUUUAUCACACUCAAGGCUAUUCAUCUCAAGGUUAUUUAAAGGAGUGGUGGUGAGACUGUAUAAUGAAGCACAGUUGAAGGAUUAUGCAAAUGAGGGUCUUAUGAUGAGCCAGUAUUCUGGGACCGCCAGGAGUUCUUGGCCCAUCUUGAUGUUUGGCUCAUUGGUUGAUUUCACUUAUCAAGAGCUGUAGAACUUUGUACUGGCCUCAACCUUAAAGGGACUCAACCCAGAGACAGUAUAUGGAUCCUUUACAAGUGGUGACCACUCUGGGUGUCUUUGCAGCAAGGACGUUCCAGAGGGAGUUGGCAGAAAAGGCAGGGAUUCAGAUUUUUGGUAUAAUUUUUAAUGGAUAGUUCAGGUUUUUACAACUUGGGCCCUUUUUUUUGUAGUUUUGUCCAUGAUUUAUAGUCAUUAUAACAUUAUACAUAAGAAUGGGACAUGCAAUAAAAACAACUUUGAUGGGGCAAAAAACACAAGCAGUCAGACAAUCAGACAAUCCCGCAUUCCUGGCGCUCACUUCUUGUUAGAGAUUACGUACCUCACAAUUUAACCCCCUGUACCAACAUUCUGUGCAGGUAUUCUAUUGCGGAAAUACAUAAUUAAAAAUAUUGACACUGAAUAUCAUGCAAGAAUUUGCAUAAUCAUCCGGUAUCAGUGUUCUGUUUGAUAGGCCUUAGUUUAUCUAUAUUAUCUAAACCAUUUUUUAUUUGGAGAUAAAACUGAAAGUGAGCCCACUUGAAAUGUUGCAAUUAUUCCAUCUGUGUACUGGCAAACUGUUUAAAAUCCCAUCUCAAGACCUUGUGUCUAGGGGAGUGGGAUUAAAUUAAGGCUCCUGGGCCCUGAUUUGUUUUAAUGCUUUUAAUAAUCUUGCUUGUUUGUGAUUGAUUUCAUUUGUCUUUAUUCAAUUUUUUUUUCUUUUUUUUGAUAUGUACAUUUGUAACUGUGAGACACUUUGUAACUGAGGUUUACUUACGUAGUUCCUAACUCACUGGGUCUUUAGAACUGCAUGUGUGUUAAACUACAUUUCCCAUGUGUAGUUGGAUAACAGUAUAGACAUGCACUGAUUGAAGUCUAUUGACUGAGAACACUUAGAUCCCGUGCAUAUUAAAUGUAUGCAUUAGAUCUGUAUGCAGAACUGUCUCCUCUUCUUUAAUGAACUGAUGAAUUGGGGGAAAAGUAUCCCUUUAAAAACUGGCUUCUCUCCUCACAAUUUGUGGAACUUUUACAGUUAACUUUUUGUUCUGAUUAAACAUCAAGACUUUUACAGGCUGGAUUAACAACCAGGCAAAGUGAGCAACUGCCCCAGGGCUCAAGGGGAACCCUGAAGCCUCGAAGGCCUUAAAUUGACCCUGCAUUAUCAACUGAUGUUGAGGCCCCGUCCUGUACAGGUCCUCCCGUUAAGAUCUGAGAUUAAGAUCUACUUUAAGGCCUUUAAUGUUUCAAUUUUUAUUUGUCUUACAUGAU